AACCGCACCCAGAUGACAUUGAGGUUAUUAAGAAUAAACAAAUCUUCUGUCAUUAAGAGGUUUUUCGAUUUAUCCUUUUUAAAUUCUUUCUUCGGUAAAGGACAGUUAAACUUUUUAAAGAUGAGUGCUGAGACAAAGAGCAACAAUUCAUACAAACCUAGUACAAACGAAAAAGGAGAAUUUGUGCGAAAAAAGUCAAACUUUCGAGAGAGAGUUACAGCAGAUGGUUCAAGCGAAUUUAAGGCAGAACCAAAUCGCUAUCAUUUGUACGUCAGCUUGGCUUGUCCGUGGGCCCAUCGAACUCUGAUUGUUCGCAAACUUAAAGGACUUGAAAAAGUAAUUAGUGUAGAUGUUGUCGACUGGUUAAUGGAAGAUAAAGGUUGGAAAUUUGAUACAGAAGGUAAACCUGGAGCAACUAAAGAUUCCCUAAAUGGCUUUUCUUAUCUAAGUGAGAUCUAUGCUCUCGCUCAACCUGGUUAUGAUGGGCGUUGGACAGUCCCUGUGUUAUUUGAUAAAUUUCAAAAAAAGAUAGUGAACAACGAAUCCAGUGAAAUCAUUCGUAUGUUGAAUUCUGAAUUUAAUGCUUUCUGUGAGACAGUGGAACAAAAAGAGAUUGACUUGUAUCCCAAGGAAUUGCAGAAAGAGAUUGAUGAAAUAAACGAAUGGGUCUAUCCGACCAUAAAUAAUGGAGUGUACAGGUGUGGAUUUGCAACAACACAAGAAGCAUAUGACAAUGCAGUUGCAACACUAUUUGAAGCUCUUGACAAAUUAGAAAACAUAUUGUCAACAAAAAGGUAUGUUACUGGAAGUAAAUUUACUGAAGCUGAUGUAAGGUUAUUCACAACUCUGGUGAGGUUUGAUUGUGUUUAUCAUGGCCAUUUCAAGUGCAACAAGAAGAUGUUGAAAGACUAUCCCAAUAUUUGGUGUUACACACGGGAUGUGUAUCAGCUUCCCAAGAUUGCUGAAACUGUGAAUUUUGAGCAUAUCAAAAAGCAUUAUAUGCAAAGUCAUCGAAUGAUCAAUCCCCAUGGUAUUGUGUCUAUUGGACCAGAUCUCAACUUCAUGGCACCCCAUCAUCGAGAGAAACUUGACUCCUGAUCUUAACAAUUUUUGAACAUUUUGUUGCAUUUGAUUUUUCACUUUUUUACUCUUAACAUUCAAUGGCUACUUGUAGCAAACAGUGAUAUUUUUUAAAUAAUCACCGUGUAUUUGUUUUUCAUAAA